AUGUGCAGAGGUCUAGCGGCUGGAGUGGCUGCAGCUACGGCUUCGCUGAAAAGAGAGUGCCAGUCACCAGUGAUGAAGCGGCGCGCUAAGGCAGCACAUGAAGAGGUAAGGGGCUGUGUGGGAGCAGCGGCAGAAGGUAGGUGCAGUAGGAGACGCGGAAAUGCCAAGAGAAUGAGGUGUGCAGCGACGUCAGAAGGAUGUUGUGCAAGGCGGCGCAGUGGAAUGAGAAGUGCAUCGAGAAUGAGUAGUCGGAUGCGGGAGGGGAUUCGGCGGAGAAUAGGGCCAGGGGCUGGGGGAAGGGGGGGAGGGGGGUUCGAGGAAGGAGGAGGGGGGUUCGAGGAAGGAGGAGGGGGGUUCGAGGAAGGAGGAGGGGGGUUCGAGGAAGGAGGAGGGGGGUUCGAGGAAGGAGGAGGGGGGUUCGAGGAAGGAGGAGGGGGGUUCGAGGAAGGAGGAGGGGGGUUCGAGGAAGGAGGAGGGGGGUUCGAGGAAGGAGGAGGGGGGUUCGAGGAAGGAGGAGGGGGGUUCGAGGAAGGAGGAGGGGGGUUCGAGGAAGGAGGAGGGGGGUUCGAGGAAGGAGGAGGGGGGUUCGAGGAAGGAGGAGGGGGGUUCGAGGAAGGAGGAGGGGGGUUCGAGGAAGGAGGAGGGGGGUUCGAGGAAGGAGGAGGGGGGUUCGAGGAAGGAGGAGGGGGGUUCGAGGAAGGAGGAGGGGGGUUCGAGGAAGGAGGAGGGGGGUUCGAGGAAGGAGGAGGGGGGUUCGAGGAAGGAGGAAGGAGUUGUGGGGGAGAGGGAUGUGGCAAAACGAGGGAAUGA